AUGCAACGCUUUCAGUAUCUUCUGGGCGGAGUCGUCCCAUUAACUCCCGAGGCCCUUCAAAGCGAGGAGGUGAAAGAACGAGUGCAAUCGGCGCUGGAACAACUGUCUAUUCAAAGUGGCAGUCACCUGGCCCACCGUAUUAUCCACAUUCGCAGUGGGACGCGUCAGGUGGUCAAUGGACUUAAGUUCGUCUUUGUAGUUGAAGUGGAGAGCUCGCCAACGCAUGAGGCGAUGGAUGCGGAGGACGUGUCCGAGGUCUACAAGGUGGAGAUCUACGAGCCAGCCUCCAGAGGCGCCGAAAAACGAUACACCUUUGAGAAGAUUCCCACGAAUGAGGCGUAA